GUAGCCAACUUGACGAAAAUAUCUAUGUCAUCCAGACUGAAACGUCUCUGAAUUAUUAUAAUUUUCAUGUUUGACAGCGAAAAAACAAGAUAUUGCGGUCUGACGUUCAACUGUGUAAAAAAAGUUAAAUAAAAGAUAUUUGUAAAGUGCAUUUUAACCGGAGACUUAGUGGAAAUAACAUAAAAAAAUUAUCAGAAAAUUAAAACAACAAAGUGACUAAUCGAAAUGUCCUCAUUCUUCAAUGUUAGUGCAUUGGGGGGUAAUCCAUUUUCAACCCCCGUUGGACAAAGAAUUGAACAAGCAACAGAUGCAUCGUUGGCGUCUGAAAACUGGGCCUUGAAUAUGGAAAUAUGCGACAUGAUCAAUGAAUCUUCCGACUCAGCCAGGGAUGCAAUGAAAGCGAUCCGAAAGCGAUUGACACAAAACGCGGGGAAAAACUACUCAGUCAUCAUGUACACGUUGACCGUUUUGGAGACAUGCGUUAAAAAUUGCGGCAAAGCGUUUCACACUCUAGUCGCCAACAAGGAGUUCAUUCAAGAAUUGGUUAAACUAAUUGGUCCGAAAAAUGAUCCACCGACAGCUGUCCAAGAAAAAGUUUUAAAUUUAAUUCAAAUAUGGGCUGAUGCAUUCAGAGCACAACCUGAUCUGAACGGUGUUGUUCAGGUGUAUCAAGAACUCAAAAACAAAGGUAUCGAGUUUCCAGUAACAGACUUAGAUGCGAUGGCUCCUAUUUAUACACCACAACGGAGUGUGCCUGAAGCAACGCCAACACCACCAAUUCUUCUACCGACAUCACCUCAACACCAACCAAUUUCGCUGCCACCGGGAUCUCCUGCAAUCGCUGCUACAGGACCGAUUGCCACAACACCUGAACAAAUUGCUAAACUUCAAUCUGAAUUGGACAUUGUUUCGAUGAAUAUGUCGGUGUUAGGAGAAAUGCUAACCGAAUUAAAACCAGGACAGGAAGAUCCAUCUGACUACAAGUUACUCAAUGAUCUGACUCAGACAUGCAAGGAAAUGCAAGGACGAAUCGUUGAGUUGAUCGGGCGUAUAAAUCACGAUGAAGUGACAGCUGAAUUAUUGCGCUUAAAUGACGAACUAAAUAAUCUGUUUCUGCGUCAUCAGAGAUACGAAAAAAAUCGUGAUCCACAACAUGCUACCACACCAUCAGCGAUUUUAGGCGUUGCAAUGGGCGUACCGAUUUCAAAUGGCGAACGAGGCAAGGACUCCUUAAUUGAUUUAAGUGAUGAAGCUGUUGGCGUGUCUGACGGACUACCAGCGAAAUUCUCUGGAUUAGGCAUUGGAACUGCAUCAUCUCAAUUAUCCAGUAUUAAUUCGGUGUCAGUUCAAUCCGGCGCCCAGGCCAAAGACGUUGACGAAUUCGAUAUGUUGGCCCAAUCAAGAAAUACAAAUAUCGAUGCAGCAAAACCGUCACUCAUCAAAGACCAUACGCCCGGAGCAUCGGCACAGAAAAAAGUAAAUUCAUCGUCUGAGGUAGUUAGUAUUCUAAAUGCCAAUGAAUCUGAUUUCGACGAAAUGGCUGCAUGGCUCGAUAAAGACAAUGAAGAUGGACCGGAAGAAAGUUUAACAAGCAAAGAAUUCGAUCGUUUCUUAGCUGAGCGAGCUGCAUUUUCCGAAACAUUACCCACAAUAACCAGUCAGACAGGUUCAACCAAUAGUAGCAGUGGCACACCCAGGCAUAAAACGUCGAAAAAAGACGAAGAAGCCAGUCUAAUGGCACUGUGAGUGGGAACGAUAGAAUGAUGAGACAAUGGAUAUACAUAGAAUAGAACUUAGGUCUUGUUUGGGGUAAGAGAUGUUGUUUGUUAAUUAAUUAUUGAUGAAUAGUCUGGCAUGAAAAUUUACAUUUUAUCGAGCGUAUUGCGGAUUUGUAGUAUUUUUUAUGGAUUUAUUGAUGGAAAAAGUCGGUUUUUUUUACAGACAAGAAAACUAAUAAUUAUUGAAAUUAAGCCAUAAUAACAUAUAUUUGUAUUGUACGUGUGUACCGUUAUAAUAUUUAUGAUUUGUUAUGAUUUUUCAAAUUUUAUCAGCAAAAUUAUUUUACGAAAAAAGAAAAAAAAAAAUUUUUGGCUAUGUCGUAAACUUCAAAAUGAUCCUGAAAAAAAGCAGCUUAACUUUCUCUCGGAACAUAAUUCAAAUUUUGCGUCUUACUUCACUUCCUCAUUAAAUAUACUCCAUUAAGAAGCUGCUUCUUAGAAGCAAGGUCUUGCAUUCCUGUUUUAGAUUUUCUGCCGUAAUUUGCAUAAGACACUUAACUUUGUUGAGAUUUGAGAACAAUAGAAAUUCUUUUGUUAUAAAAAAACACGUUAACUUUCUUAUGUAAAUUACGGCAGUUUUUGGGAAAUUUUCAAAAUUGUCACACUUCGUAUUCAGGGAGAGAAACACAAAAACCGAGUAUUUCGAUCCAAUUCAUACUGUUGGCUAUUCAUUCCAUUUGCGACGUCGAUGUGACUAUUACUAUAACAUAAACAUAGACGUGUGUCGUAACUGUAAUACAGACCGUAAUAUAGUUAUCACAUGGCAGGUCAUGUGUAAACAGAAAAAAUGGCUUUGCAAUAUUCCUACUCCCAUGGAUAAAUCUCUGUCAUCAUCGAAGUCAUUUUUCAAAAACUUUCUUUAAAAUGCUUGUCUUUACAUAAAACCCAUCCCACCCUUGUCCCUUAAAGGAGUCAGUCGACUAAUCCUAACACCCGUCCCUUCAUCUAAUGAAUUUCAUUCUAUAAGUCGGCUUAUAAAAUGGAUUUACGCAAUCGUCGAGUCGAUCCUUCCUUCCUUUACCUCGAUAUAGCACUCUUAUAGUUUUUUUUCUUCUGCUGGCAGAUUCAAACAAUAUUAUUUGAUUGUAAGAUAACAGAAAAUUUAUGUGUCCUCCUAUUCUUUAACAAACCUUCUCACCAUUAUAAAUCAUGUAAAGAAAAAUUGAAAAAGUUAUUUCGGGAAAUUUUUGUUAUGAAAUCGAAACGCUAUACCAAUAAUAAUUUAAAGAAAAAUAAAAUCAGAAAUUCAAAAUUACGAAAGAAAAAAUUAUAUUUUCUGUGAUUAAAAUAUUUUAUUAAAAAUUAAGUAAUUUAAAGUAAUCUUAACGACUUUCAUAACCAUAUAUGCAACAAACAAAAACACUUUCGACAGAAUUAUUAUUAUUAUUAUUAUACACAUUUCCCUAUUAAAGUGUGGUUUGGUUGAUAGCUAUGAUAAAAUCGGGGCUUAUAAAUAGAAAAAGAAAAGAAAACAAAUAUUUUUAGACCUAAAAUUUUGUAAACAACAAAAAUUGUAACUAAGUUUAGUGAGACAGAUAUUGAGCUUAAACCAAAGUCCAUAUAUCUUGCAAUUUUUUUCAAUGUGUAGAUAGUGGAAAAACGGAUUCCAAAUUAAAGAAGUGUUUAAUCAGUGAAGAAUGAUGUCCCUGUAAACACCAACCAAAUGCACUUUUCUUGUUGAACGUUUCAAAAAUUUGUUUAAAACAUUUGUGAUUAAAAUGGACUAUACUUUCUCACACAACUUACCAUUGUGCAGCUAUUUUAAAUGCUUCCAAGCAAGCAGCUGGACAUUUUUCGUAAUUCCAUAAUUUUAUUCGAGUUCUUUUAUUCUCGCUUUGAAUGUAAAAUUUGUCUGAAUGUUCGGUUGGUAUAUCUUAUUGCCAUUGCAAAUGUUAAUCAAUAUUUUACAUUCUCUACACGUCAUUGCUCAAUCAAAUAUUUUAAUUGUACAACGUUUUUAACAAGCUCUUCAGUAUAAUAACAGAUGUGAAAGCUUUUCCGCAAACUUUUGAUUGUCGCUGAUAUCCGUCCGGUCGGAUACAACGAUGAUAUUUUCCUCGUAAUGCUUUCGUUACCGUUUUGUUUUAUCUUAAAUGAAAGUCAGACACGCAGAACACAUGUUACCAAAAAUUCAGUCGAUCUUAAAGUUUCAUUUCCUGAAAAUGACGCACUGGAACAUUUCAAGAUGAACAAUUAAAUGUGCCGAUCCAUUUGAAUAAAUUUUCUAGUCGAUGUCGACAAAUAAUUGUUUACAAAUCAACGGUACAAUUGGAAAUGAAUUGUGAAACAAUCAUAAUAUAAACUUUGUGGAUAGUUUUCCUUACGGUGAAUGUAACUUACGACUUUAGUCCCACUUUUGUUUUGACAUUAUUGUAUUUUUGGUCGGCACAAAGACUUUGAUGAAACAUUUUCUUCCUUACGAUACACUUUGAUUUGUCAACCAAUAUUUUAUUCAUUUGAUUACCAAUAAAUCGAUUAAGUUCAACCUAAAAUUCUGCAUACUUUUAAUGUAACAUUCACAAGAUGUAAUUGUGCACGCAAAAAAAAACAUUAAGAAAAAUUAUAAAAAUAAACUACUUGUUCAUACAAUAAACUAUACUUGUAUAUAUACAUCUUAA